AUGAGUUCAAUGGACCUUGAUUCCUCGCUUGAUGAUCUUAUAAAGCAAAGAAAAACACACCCUAAGAAAGGCUCAUCACAGCCAAACAAAGCUAAAAAACUUCAAAAGGGCAAAGAAAAAGGCAAUCUAAGUAUCCAAACGAAGGCUAAAGUUAAAAAACCAGCAUCAAAUAAUAAUGUCAAAACUAGCAAGAAUAUCAUGUCUCGGCUGUCAUUGACAUCGAGACCUAAUCCUUCAGCAAGUAACAAAACUUCAACAAUCGCCGAUCCUUCUAAAAUUAUCAUCACAAAAGCUGUUCCUCAGACAGUUAAAGGUAAAUUAGGCUCUCAAGUAAAGAAACUCAGUAAUACAACCACUGCUGCCAUUACCACCCCUGCCACCACUCCCUUGACGAAAAAGAAGACGGCGAUAGUUAAUAGUAUAAAUAGUCCAAGUAAGAGUUCAAAUGGCAGUACAUUAAGCAUCUUCAGUUCUCGUCUUGGUCCUCGUUCACAACAGACACAACCAGUAAUACCGCAACAAACUGCACGUAUAACCGGAUCUGCAUAUGAGCGACCUGUUAUCGAUGGACGAUCUAGUAUUUCUAUCCGUGGGCGAUCAAAUGUAACCCCACCCUCCGGCGGCUUGACUAUCAAAGGUGAAUCUGGUCCAACUACAGUGUUGAUAUCUGGGUUAGACCGUGGGACUAACUCGGAAGAUGUCAGGUGUGUAUGUGAAGAAUUUGGCAAUGUUUUGCGAUGUGAAGUUUUAAGAAACCGUAUGGGUGAAUCAUUUGGAGAAGCUGAAGUAGAAUUUAGCACAAAAAGCGCAGCCUUAGACUGUAUAGCUAAACUUGAUAAUAUAAAAGCAGAUGGUCAAUAUUUGCGUGUCAUAUUGAGAGAUAACAAACCUUCAACGCGUAGUUAUGCUGCUACUCAGAUCAAUUCAAUUAUUUCAACACCUUCCACAUCAUCUGGUAGGUUGUAUUCGGAUCAAAUAUCUUCUUCAAGAUAUGAAGUUGUUCGUCGCUAA